AUGCAGAUCCGCAAGUGGGAGCUGCUGCACUCUCCAGGCAGGUGCACCAAGCACCCAGACCAGCACCGAAGGGACAGGCACAGCUGGAAGAAGGAUCUCAUCCAGUUCUGCUACUCGCCAGCUGUGUGGCCAAAGGCAGGCAGCACUCCCUCUCUGGGCCUGAGCAUCGCACGGGGGGCUGGGGGAGGCCUGCCUCCUCCAACUGGUCCCCAUCCUUCUGCCCUUUUCCCUCAGUAUGUGAAGAUCUUCCGGGCUCUGAUCCUGGGGGAGCUGGAGAAGGGUCAGAGUCAGUUCCAGGCGCUCUGCUUUGUCACCCGGCUGCAGCGCAAUGAGAUCAUCCCCAGUGAGGCCAUGGCCAAGCUGAGGCAGAAAAACCCGCGGGCAGUGCGUCAGGCCGAGGAGACGCGGGGCCUCGAGCACCUGCGCAUGGACGCCAUCGUGAACUUCAGCCAGGGCGGCCUACUGAGUCCCCACCUCCGCAAUGUGUGUGCAGAGGCUGCAGACGCCAUCUACACCCGCCAGGAGGAUGUCAAGUUCUGGCUGGAGCAAGGUGUGGAUGGCUCCAUAUUCAAGACUCUGCCUGAGGACACAGAACAGGCUUUGCUACCUCGCUGCAGGCAUGUGGGGGACCGAGGGAGGCCCUGUGUCUGCCACUACGGCCUGAGCCUGGCCUGGUACCCCUGCAUGCUCAAGUACUGCCACAGCCGGGACCGGCCAGCGCCCUACAAGUGCGGCAUCCGCAGCUGCCAGAAGAGCUACAGCUUCGCCUUCUACAUGCCACAGAGGCAGCUGUGUCUCUGGGAUGAGGGCCCCUAGCGAGGCUGGGGUGAGGGUUCAGCACUCCUCCCCCAACUCCAGAGAGCCCUUACUUCUCUCCCUGCCCCGCUCCGCUCCGCUCCCCUAAUCUUGGAGCCUCUGGCCCCAUCCCUCAUGACUGUGAAGAGGGCUGUGGCAUUGCAGGGGUUAACUCGCGAAGGGGCUUCCACUCCCACCCUGUCUUCCUCAGGACAGAGGAGAAGGGGCUUCUCCACACUGCACCCCCUCCCCUCCCUAGUCCCCCUAUUUCACUCAACCAAGAUGUCAUGGCCUGUGAUUCUCCCAUUUAACUCUGAAGGCUUGGACCUGAAUGGUGUCUGCCUGUUAUACCCACCCCCCCAAGCAGACCACCUGUGCCUUUCCCCAGACCCAGACCUGGCCGCAAGACCAGGCACCCCCUUUCCCCUCUAAACAGAAAUGUGUUUGUAGGGUCUGGGACAGGGCAGGAGCAUGAAGUAUGAGGAAAACUUGAAUUCCAGAUUUUUAAUGCAAAGUAUUUAUCAUUUCUACCAGAAAUUAAAGUUUCAAUUUUUACUUGACUGA